AUGGCGUUGAAAGGGAGCGAUGUCGCUCAGCACAACGACGCCAACUCGUGCUGGGUCAUCAUUCACGGCAAAGAUGCCACAGAGGAAUUCGAGCCCAUCCACCCGCCUGACACCCUCGAUAAAUACCUCGAACAGUCGAAGCAUCUUGGUCCCGUGGACAUGAGUACCGUUGCGAAAGAAGAAAAGGCACACGACCCCCAUGAGGCUGCACGUCUAGAGCGUAUCGAGCAGAAGCCGCACUUGUCGCAAUGCUACAACCUGUUCGACUUUGAGGCUGUUGCGCGGAGAGUCAUGAAGACAACUGCCUGGGGAUACUACUCGAGUGCUGCAGACGAUGAAAUUGUACUAGGCCCAUUUUCCAACUUCAUCACUCCCCCAAUCACCGCCUUUCACCGAAUCUGGUUCCGACCCCAAGUCCUCGUCGACGUCGAACAUGUCGACUUCAGCACCACGAUGCUCGGUACACGAUGCUCAAUCCCGUUCUACGUCACCGCCACGGCGCUCGGAAAACUGGGCCACCACGAAGGCGAAGUCAUCCUCACUCGCGCGGCGCACAAACACGACGUCAUCCAGAUGAUACCCACACUGGCAUCGUGCUCGUUUGACGAAAUUGUCGAUGCCAGGCAGGGCGACCAAGUCCAGUGGCUCCAGCUGUACGUCAACAAGGACCGGGAAAUCACCCGCAAGAUCGUGCAGCACGCCGAGGCCCGCGGUUGCAAGGGCCUCUUCAUCACCGUCGACGCGCCGCAGCUCGGCCGCCGCGAAAAGGACAUGCGCACCAAGUUUACCGAGCAGGGGAGCAACGUCCAGUCCGGCCAGGACACGGACAACUCGCAGGGCGCGGCGCGCGCAAUCUCCAGCUUCAUCGACCCGUCGCUGAGCUGGAAGGACAUCCCCUGGUUCAAGAGCAUCACCAAAAUGCCCAUCAUCCUCAAGGGCGUCCAGCGCGUCGAAGACGUCGUCCGCGCCAUCGAGGUCCAAGCCGACGGCGUCGUCCUCUCCAACCACGGCGGCCGCCAACUCGACACGGCGCGCUCGGGCAUUGAGAUCCUCGCCGAAACCAUGCCUGUUCUGCGCGCUCGCGGGCUGCAGGACAAGAUCGAAAUCUUCAUCGACGGCGGCAUCCGUCGCGCAACAGACAUCAUCAAGGCCUUGUGCCUGGGUGCACGGGGCGUCGGCAUAGGACGCCCCUUCUUGUAUGCCAUGAGUGCCUAUGGGCAGGACGGCGUCGAGAAGGCCAUGCAACUGCUCAAGGACGAGAUGGAGAUGGGUAUGCGCCUGAUUGGCUGUGCCAGGGUGGAGGAUCUGAACCCGAGCCUGGUUGACACAAGGGGGCUAUUUGUACAUUCGAAUUCGACGCCUGCGGAUGCCUUGUCACAGACCGUCUAUGAUCCGUUGGUUGUGCCGUCGCAGAGAGCCAAGGCCAAAUUAUAA